UAUUCCUCCAAGACUACUCACAAUGCCCGUGACAAUGGACACUCAGCAGCAAAACUUUUGGCUGGAGAACAUACAAAAGGAAGCAGCCAUUAGGUUUGCAUGGCAACUCAGAUACUCCAAAACUUUUGGCAGAGCAGUAGCUGGCUCACCACAGCAGCAAAAAGACAAAAAGAAAGAGCAAGAGAAGAAGAAAAAGAAAGAACCAGUCAGUGGAGGAAUACGCUCAAACCUCUCUGCUCAGAUACACAGGCUGCAAGAAGAUGACGAUAAGGAGAGCCUACUUGAUGCUGCCGCCAAAGGGUUUGGGUCUCCUACAUCAAACAAGCAGUCACUGCCAAUACGUGACAUGCGACCACCUUCAGUCAACACUAAGAAGCUCCUUUACAAUGGGAUCAGCGCUCACGGUGAAGGAAGGUACGCCUAUCUGAAGAGACGUUCUAAUCUCCCUCCAGAAAUGAAGUACGAGUAUCCCGUACUCUCCUCCAACCUUCAUGGAUGGAAGAUCAUUGAGUAUGCAAAAGAGCCGCAGAGAUCACCUUAUGGACGCACUUGUAUCAUUAGGGACACCUUUUACAGGAACAGUGGCAUUACACUCACUUAGUUGGUAGUUGUUGCAACAUACAAUAAUUGAAUAGAUCAUGAUUAUGAUUGCUUAUUGUUCAUGGCAAUGAUUACUAUCUGCUAUUAUGAUUCAUGGUUGGUUACAUGCACACGCACAGUUAGUUUGUCUUUCUUUCCAAAUCAUAAAUUCACU